AUGCCAACACUCUCCCAAGGGUGAAGAUAUUUUUCUGGCGUGCGUGCUGUGGAGCUUUGCCUACUAUGGUGGGACUUCAUAAAAGAGUAUCCAGCAUAAAUCCAUUGUGUAGUAUUUGUAGUUCGGUGGAGGAGACUGAUUUGCAUUGCCUUCGUGAUUGUGUGAUUGCGCGUUUGAUUUGGAAUGAGAGUGGAGCUAAUGAAGGGAUUGAUGGAGCUUAUAGGAAUUUUGGGGAUUUUGCCUUGACCCGCAUUGAUUGUUUGCCAAAGAAAGAACACGGUUUGUUCAUGACCAUUUGUUGGGCCAUAUGGAAUGCGAGAAAUAGGUGGCUGUUUGAAGGGGAGGCUUGUGAUCCGCUUCAGGCUAUGACUUAUGUUACGAAACUUAUGGCUGAGUUGCAGCAAGAGGAGAGUCCUGGGGUGGGUGUGCGUGAGUCAGGGCGUAAGCGCUGGAAGCCACCCUUAGGAUCAAUGGUGAAGGUGAACGUUGAUGCUGGAAUUUGGGAGGGCUUGGGGUCGAGUGCUGGGGCUGUGAUUCGGAGAGCUGAUGGGAGUGCGUGUGCUGCUAUGGUGUGGAUGGUGGAGGAUAGGUGGGCUCCGAAUAUUGCCGAAGCUAAAGCUCUUUUGUUUGGCUUGCAAAUGGCUGUCGACCUUGGGUAUAGAGGAGUGGUCAUGGAAAGCGACUGUCUUGGAUUGAUUAAGGCAAUUUCGUCACGGGAACGGGGUAAUAGUGCUUUUCACCUUAUUUUAGAUGAUAUUUAUCAUGUUAGUAAUUUGCUUGAGUCUGUUAGUUGGAGCUUCAUUAGAAGGGAGGGUAAUAAAGUGGCUCAUGAGCUUGCUCAUUGUAUGCCUUGGUCUGUGGGUAAGCAGGUUUGGUCUUCGACUGUACCUGAUUGUAUUGUUGCGAUGUUGAAGUCUGAUCUCCCAAGUAAUGAAAGCUAAUUGCCCUCUUUGGGGCUUUUCUUCAAAAAAAAAAAAAAAAAAAAAAAAAGAAACCAUUUUGAUCAUCUUUAUCCAAAAAAAAAAAAAAACAAUGGUAUCCUCCAGAAAUUCACCCAACAGCAAUCAUCUAAACAGUACUCUAUACCAUUUGAAGACACCAAAAUCGGGAAUGAAUACUUGUAAAACAACCACCAAAAACAGAAAUAGGGUGGUUGGAGAUUUCAUAUUGAGAGAAAAAAUCAGUGAAACCCCAUUUUCAAGUGUUUGGAGAGCUAAUCACAGGAUAAACCCUGAUUUGAAGGAUGUAGCUUUGAAGAAGAUCACACUUUCCAAGUUAACCCCAAAUCUUAAAGCUUGCCUUGAUUGUGAGGUUAACUUCUUAUCUACUGUUAAUCACCCUAAUAUAAUCCGUCUUCUGGAUUUUUUUCAGGAUGAAGGCUGUUUAUGUUUGGUCUUUGAAUUUUGUGAUGGGGGUAAUCUGGCUUCUUAUAUUCGUCGCCAUGGUGGAGUCCAAGAGCAAAUAGCUAGAGACUUUCUGUAUCAACUAGGUACUGGUUUAAGCAUUAUGCGAAGCCAUCAAAUUGUCCAUCGAGAUUUGAAGCCACAGAACAUCCUAUUAUCGAGUUCUGACAGCAACACCUUUCUAAAGAUAGCCGAUUUUGGCCUUUCAAGAGUUUUACACUCGGGGGAUCAUGCUGAAACUGUUUGUGGCUCACCUUUGUACAUGGCCCCAGAAGUGUUGGGGUUUCAAAGAUAUGAUGAUAAGGUUGACCUAUGGAGCAUUGGGGCAAUCUUUUUUGAACUUUUAAAUGGUUAUCCACCUUUCCAUGGCAGGACUAAUGUUCAGCUCUUGAAGAACAUCAAGACUUCUACAGGACUUCCAUUUCCAGAGCUUUUACGACAAACCAUACACCCAGAUUGCUUUGAUAUCUGCUCUGGGCUGCUGUGUGUAAAUCCAGCUGACAGGUUGUCAUUUGAAGAGUUUUACUGUCAUAAAUUCUUCAUGCAAACAAAGGAGGGGCUAUGACUAUAGUCGUGGAGGUAUAUUGCAGUAUCUGUCAAGUGGAGAAUUAGGUGACUCCUAGGAUUUGAAAACUAAAGAUUGCAGAAAUGAUCUGUAACAGCUUGUCUAGCAGUCUAAGUCUCUAGGACAAUGCAUUGAAAUAUAUCAGGAUGAUGAAGUUGUAGAUAUGUGUACUUGAUGGAACUGAAUUAUUUCCCUUGGGUGUUUUGCCGAUACCACCAACUGCAGUAUGUUGUAUAAUUCCCACUUCCCACCAAGGGUAGGAUACUCAUAAGUCCCCAGACGUACAUGAUCUAACUUAUCGACUGCAAGCCAGCAAUCUAGCUAUUUUCUGAUAGACUGGUAUAGAAUUAAUCUAUCUUGAUAGGAUCCGUUCUUUACAACUCACUCAUGUAAGUAUGUUGGUAUAAAUGUAUAAUGUUGUAUCAAUAUUCAAUCAUUCAAUGAAGAAUUCUUGUUCUUUCUGGCUUUAUGUACUUCUUUGUAAUAAAAUUGGCUAGAUUACUG